GGAUUGCAAACUUGAUUCACUCACCAUCAUCAGAAUAUCGCACUUCCAGCCUCAGAUCCAACCGACAUAUUGGUUCAAAGAGGUGAGAUUCAACCCAAUUUAAAUAUGACUCUUUUCACAACGUUCUAACCCACCUACAGAUCAACCAAACACUUCUCCCCUCUAUUCUCAUUCUCCGUCUUACUUCACACCCCACCACCCAGCCAACUAUAUCACGACAUCUCCCGCAAUGUCUUCCCUCGCUCCGUACAAGAAGGAAUUCCUGCAGUCCUCCAUCUCUGGAGGCGUCCUCAAGUUCGGCAGCUUCGAGCUCAAGUCUAAGCGCAUCUCCCCUUACUUCUUCAACGCCGGCCUCUUCCACACAACCCGCCUGGCUAGCGCUAUUGCCACGGCCUUUGCCCAGGCCGUCGUCGACGCCCGAAAAGAAGGUCUGGAGUUUGACAUCAUCUUCGGCCCGGCCUACAAGGGCAUUCCACUUGCUGCCACCAUUGCCGUCGAGCUUGGCAAGUUGGCACCCGAGACUCUUGAUACCGUCUCAUACUCCUUCGAUCGAAAGGAGGCUAAAGACCACGGCGAGGGUGGCAACAUUGUCGGUGCACCACUCAAGGGAAAGCGGGUUCUGAUCGUUGACGACGUCAUCACCGCCGGUACCGCCAAGCGAGAGGCCAUCGAUAAGAUCCGCAAGGAGGGUGGUAUUGUUGUUGGUAUCGCCGUUGCCUUGGAUCGAAUGGAGAAGCUCCCUGCUACCGAUGGUGACGAGUCCAGGCCCGGACCUAGCGCCAUUGGCGAGCUGCGAAAGGAGUACAGCAUCCCCAUCUUUGCUAUUCUGACCCUGGAUGAUAUCAUUGAGGGCAUGAAGAGCUUUGCCUCAGAGGAGGACAUCCAGCGGACCGAGGAGUAUCGACAGAAGUACAAGGCUACCGACUAAACGAAGGGAAUACCGUGAUUCAUAAAUAAAAGGCGACCUUUGCUAGGUAGUUCUGUCGGCAAGACACGAAAUUCCAACCAUACGGAACAUCACCAUGUGCUGAACUUGAUAUUAUGUCUCAAUAUGAAGAGACCAUCACUGUAGAAAAAUCCCAUGCACUGUGCACCGGCGUCACGACUAUAUUCUUUAGAACAGCGAAUAAAUGUAGUCACUAAGAAGAA